CGCAGAUCUUCCACCUUUGCGCCGCCUCUUGCCUCUCCUCCUAGAAACUACCAUGGCGCCCAAGGCCGAGAAGAAGCCUGCUGCAGAGAAGAAGUUGGUGAAGUCGGAGAAGAAGCCCAAGGCGGAGAAGCACGUGCCCGGGAAGGAGGGCGACACUAACAAGAAGAAGGCCAAGAAGAGCAAUGAGACAUACAAGAUCUACAUCUUCAAGGUGCUCAAGCAGAUUGACCCGAACAUGGGUAUCUCCUCCAAAUCAAUGUCCAUCAUCAACUCCAUCAUCAACGACAUCUUUGAGAGGCUCGCCGGCGAGUCGGCAAAGCUCGCACGCUACAACAAGAAGCCCACCAUCACCUCCCGGGAGAUCCAGACUGCCGUGCGCCUUGUCCUUCCAGGCGAGCUUGCCAAGCACGCCGUCUCCGAGGGAACCAAGGCCGUUACCAGAUUCACCGUGUAUUAGAUCGCCACCAGGACUUUCUUAGUCUGGUUUGGUUUCUUCAUUUGUCAACAAAAAUAUGGGGUUAUGUUUCCCUAUGCAAAAAUGUAGAAUGAGUUGGAUUUGCUAAUCAAUAAAUUAUCCAAUGUUUGUUUGAAA